AUGAUGGAGAAGCUCCAGGACCGUCUCAUGUACAGGUUACAAACAGUGAAAGUCGUCCACGAAGCAGAUCUUAACCGUGUGUUGGACAAAGGCCAUGCCAUGUAUUCAGAUGCCAGAGAGAGGUUUGUGAACAGCGUGUUUCUAGCCUGUGAUGAGCUUCCCACAGUGGUCACCAGCCGCAGACAUGAGUAUCAAGUGGAGAUUCAUUCUCAGUUUGCUCGUUAUGGCACAUUUGAUGGUGAAGCUCAGCACUCACAUCACUGCUCCAUCAUUAUUCACAGGAACCAACCUGGACCUCCAUCCAGCUCUGUGUCCUUGCAGAGUGACACGUCUUUUGAUCGCCUCAUUCAUUUUAAAGAUCAGCAGGUGUCGCCUGCAGAGAGUCGCCAGAACCUAAUUGACCUAGGUUUCAAAUAUAGUUUGUCUGUUUCUGGCGAUUAUCAGCGAACACACAACAUCCUGGAAGAGAUAGCGAGACCGCCAGGGUCACCGUGGAUGGUCUGCCCGCCCAGCAAGCGUAGGAGGCGACGGAGGGAGAGAAAGCAGAAGAGGGGAUGCCGGUCGGGCUCAGAUGCUAGGCUACGCAAACAACCACACCGGCCAGCACUUCCGAGCCUUUUCGUAUCGAACGCCAGAUCCAUCACCCACAAAUUGGACGAAUUGGAGCUACAGAUAGCCACCACGAGCUUUGCACGCAACUGCAGCAUUAUUCUUAUUACGGACUCGUGGCUUCACCCGCUGAUUCCCGACGCUGCAGUCGAGUUAGCAGGCCGCACGCUACACCGGCACGACAGAACCAGCAACUCAGGUAAAAGCAGAGGAGGGGGGCUAUGUGUUUACGUGCAUAACGAGUGGUGUUGUAACAGCAGGAUCAUUCACACACACUGUUCUCCGGAUUUGGAGGUUCUGGCAGUCUCGUGCAGACCUUUUUAUAUCCCGAGGGAGUUUACUGUAGUGAUUGUGAUAGCUGUUUACAUACCGCCGGAUGCUAACGUUGGCACGGCUCUCAGCCUCUUGCUUAACACCAUCAACAAACAGCUUGCCCACCCCGAUGGGGUUUUUAUUGUCGCCGGCGACUUUAACAAAGCGUGCCUACAGACUGUGCUUCCUAAAUUUGUCCAGUUUGUGGACUUUGCUACGAGAGGUGAACACACUUUGGACCGUGUCUAUUCAAACAUCAGGCAUGCUUUCAGAGCGACACCCCUCCCCCACCUGGCUGGAUCUGACCACCUCUGCAUGUCCCUCACCCCCACCUACACCCCCCUGCUGAGAAAAACAAAGCCCCAGACAAAGACAAUAAAAACCUGGCCUGAAGGAGCCCUCUCUCAACUGCAGGACUGCUUCUCAUCUACUGUAUGGGAUUUAUUCUCCAGCCACAACCUCCAGGAGUACACGGACACUGUACUCUCCUACAUCAGGAACUGUGUUGAUAAUGUCACCGUCAACAAAAGGGUCAGGGUGUUUCCAAACCAAAAACCCUGGAUGAACAGCGAAGUGCAAUCCCUCCUAAAAAGCCGCAACACUGCCUUCAAGUCAGGGGACAGGGCUGCGUACAGGGCGGCCAGGGCAGACCUGAGCAGAGGGAUCAGGAAAGCUAAGGCUGCCUAUAGAAGGAGGAUUGAAGAUCACUUUGCUGACAACGACCCCAGAAAAAUGUGGCAGGGGAUCAAUCACAUUACCAACUACAGAAGCAAUAACCAGGCGACAGCUAGGACUGAUGCCUCGCUGGCUGAGGAUCUAAAUCGUUUCUUCGCCCGCUUUGAGACGACCAGGCCCUCAGCUGUCACACCACUUCCACCCGCCCCCAGCACCGGCACACUAACACUUAGGGAACAUCAAGUGAGGCGUGUUCUAAGAGUGGAGCAGGAGAGCUCAGAGGUUUCCAGUGGUCAGUCUGCCCAGCAGCAUCAAACACAGCUGGACUCCAUAUUUAUGCUGCUGGAGAAGAACAUCAUCACUUUUGUGAAGAAAGAGCUGAAGAAGAUCCAGAAGGUUCUGAGUCCACCUUACCCAGAAUGCUUAGAGAGUCAGAGGGAGGAUGAUGAUCAUAGGAGGAGCAGAGAGGCAUUUGUGAAGAUCACACUAAACUUCCUAAGGAGAAUGAAUGAGGAGGAGCUGGCUAACCGUCUGCAGAGUGAACUUUCUGCUACAGUUUGUCAUCAGAAACUUGCAUCUAAGCUGAAGAAGAAGUUCCAGUGUGUGUUUGAGGGGACUGCUAACACAGGAAACCCAACCCUUCUGAAUCAGAUCUACACAGAGCUCUACAUCACAGAGGGAGGGACUGCAGAGGUCAAUGAUGAACAUGAGGUCAGACAGAUUGAAACAGCAUCCAGGAAACCAGACAGAUCAGAAACAACAAUCAGACAAGAAGACAUCUUUAAGGCCUCACAUGGAAGAGAUGAACCAAUCAGAACAGUGCUGACAAUGGGAGUGGCUGGCAUUGGGAAAACAGUCUUAACACAGAAAUACACCCUCGAUUGGGCUGAAGGCAAAGCAAACCAGGACAUCCAGUUCAUAUUUCCAUUCACUUUCAGAGAGCUGAAUGUGCUGAAAGAGGAAAAGUUCAGCUUGGUGGAACUUGUUCAUCACUUCUUUACUGACACCAAAGAAGCAGGAAUCUGCAGCUUUGAAGACUUCCAGGUUGUGUUCAUCUUUGAUGGUCUGGAUGAGUGUCGACUUCCUCUGGACUUCCACAAUACUACAAUCCUAACUGACCCUAGAAAGUCCACCUCAGUAGAUGUGCUGCUGAUAAACCUCAUCAAGGGGUAUCUACUUCCCUCUGCUCGCCUCUGGAUAACCACACGACCUGCAGCAGCCAAUCAGAUUUCCUCUAAAUGGGUUAACAUGGUCACAGAGAUCAGAGGGUUCACUGACCCACAGAAGGAGGAGUACUUCAGCAAGAGAUUCAGAGGUGAGGAGGCCAGCAGGAUCAUCUCCCACAUCAAGACAUCACGAAGCCUCCACAUCAUGUGCCACAUCCCAGUCUUCUGCUGGAUCACUGCUACAGUUCUGGAGGAUGUGCUGGAAACCAGAGAGGGAGGACAGCUGCCCAAGACCCUGACUGAGAUGUACAUCCACUUCCUGGUGGUUCAGGCCAAAGUCAAGAGGAUGAAAUAUGAUGGAGGAGCUGAGACAGAUCCACACUGGAGUACAGAGAGCAGGAAGAUGAUUGAGUCUCUGGGAAAACUGGCUUUUGAUCAGCUGCAGAAAGGAAACCUGAUCUUCUAUGAAUCAGACCUGACAGAGUGUGGCAUCGAUAUCAGAGCAGCCUCAGUGUACUCAGGAGUGUUCACACAGAUCUUUAAAGAGGAGAGAGUACUGUACCAGGACAAGGUGUUCUGCUUCAUCCAUCUGAGUGUUCAGGAGUUUCUGGCUGCUCUUCAUGUCCAUCUGACCUUCAUCAACUCUGGAAUCAAUCUAAUGGAAGAACAACAAACAACAGGCUUUUGGUGGCCUUUCCAGUUUAUGCUGUGGUUUAAACCAUUUCCAGAGAAAAUAAAUCUUUACCAGAGUGCUGUGAACAAGGCCUUGCAGAGUCCAAAUGGACACCUGGACUUGUUCCUCCGCUUCCUCCUGGGUCUUUCACUGGAGACCAAUCAGACUCUCCUACGAGGUCUGCUGACACAGACAGGAAGUAUCUCACAGACCGAUCAGGAAACAGUCCAGUACAUCAAGAAGAAGCUCAGUGAGAAUCUGUCUGCAGAGAAAAGCAUCAAUCUGUUCCACUGUCUGAAUGAACUGAAUGAUCGUUCUCUAGUGGAGGAGAUCCAACAGUCCCUGAGAUCAGGAAGUCUCUCCACAGAUAAACUGUCUCCUGCUCAGUGGUCAGCUCUGGUCUUCAUCUUACUGUCAUCAGAAGAAGAUCUGGAUGUGUUUGACCUGAAGAAAUACUCUGCUUCAGAGGAGGUUCUUCUGAGAAUGCUGCCAGUGGUCAAAGUCUCCAACAAAGCUCUACUAGGUGGCUGUUUCCUCUCGGAUAGAACCUGUAAAGCUCUGCCCUCAGUUCUCAGCUCCCUGUCAUCUCAUCUGAGGGACCUGGACUUAAGUAACAACAACCUGCAGGAUUCAGGAGUGAAGCUUCUUUCUGUUGGAUUGGCUAGUCCAAACUGUAAACUGAAAAGUCUCAGUCUGUCAGGCUGUCUGAUCACAGGAGAAGGCUGUACUUUCCUGGCCUCAGCUCUAAGCUCCAACCCCUCCCAUUUGAGAGAGCUGGACCUGAGCUACAAUCAUCCAGGAGACUCAGGCAUGAAAGUGCUGUCAGAUGGACAGAAUGAUCCACGCUGGAGACUGGAGACGCUCAGGGUGGAGCCUGCUGGAGAACAAUGGUUGACACCAGGUCUGAGGAAGUAUUCCUGUCAACUCACAAUCGACACAAACACAAUACACACAAACCUCAAACUGUCUGACGACUACAGGAAGGUGGGACAUGUGAAGGAGGUUCAGUCAUAUCCUGAUCAUCCAGACAGAUUUGAUGCUCCUCAGCUACUGUGUAGAAAUGGUCUGACUGGUCGCUCUUACUGGGAGGUCGAGUGGAGAGGAGACAUUUGUAUAUCAGUGAGUUACAGAAGAAUCAGAAGGAAAGGCAACAGUGAUGACUGUGUGUUUGGGCAGAAUGAUCAGUCCUGGAGUCUGGACUGCUCUGAUAAUGGCCCCCGUUCUGUCAGGCACAAUAAAGAAACAACAUUCAUCUCUUGCUCCUCAUCGUCGUCCUUCUACUUCUCCUCCUUCUUUUCAUCCCCCUCCAACAGAGUAGCAGUGUAUGUGGACUGUCCUGCUGGCACUCUGUCCUUCUACAGUCUCUCCUCUGACACUCUGAUCCACCUCCACACCUUCAACACCACAUUCACUGAAACUCUUUAUCCUGGGUUUUGGGUUAGUCCUGGUUCCUCAGUGUCCCUGUGCUGAGUUGAGUGUAAAGAGUGUCUCCUGUUAGAGAAACACUCUGACUGUUGAACAGAUAGUUCAGUCUGUACAUGUCUGUCUCUUUCACUCACAAACACGUUUUCAGAUUCAUG